UAUUCACAUUGUUACGCAAAGUACCACUUUCAUUAGCACGCUUAAGAAGCAAUAACUAGCUCAAAAUUCAAAAAGAACAUACAAGAAACGCUUGUUAGAACAGGCUUUUCGUUUCCUGAUUCAAGAUUCAGAGAGUCAGUCAAGUAAAUUGCACUACCAUUUUUUCAAUUUAGCAGCAUCUGAAAAUGUCAGCUCCUAUCAUUUUGAAGGUUGAAUCUGCCAAGCGGAAAUCAUGUGUUCGCUGUUUACUGCCCACAUUGUUUUUGCUCUCUGCGGCUUUAUUUAUUGGCACUGCAUUUGUCAUCACAGAUUAUAAAGAGAAGGUUUGGGAAUGGGCAACAUUUGAUUUUGUGAAGGAUAAUACAAUGAAAAUUUGUGAGACCCAACAGAGGCCUCGUGGCACUGAAAAAUUGCCUAGAGGUAUCAUUUCUGCAACUUCUGACUUGGAAAUGCGACCUUUAUGGGGCCAUCGUGACAAGAGCUUGAAGAAACCAAAGAACUUAUUGGCCAUGGCAGUGGGAAUAAAGCAAAAACAGAAUGUUAACAAAAUUGUCGAGAAGUUUCUGUCAAGUGAUUUUAUUGUAAUGCAUUUUCAUUACGAUGGAAUUGUGGAUGAAUGGAGAGAUUUGGAAUGGAGUUCUCACGCCAUACACAUAGUUGCUAACAAUCAAACCAAGUGGUGGUUUGCGAAACGUUUCUUACACCCAGAUAUAGUUUCGGAGUAUGAUUAUAUCUUCUUGUGGGAUGAAGACAUUGGUGUUGACUACCUCAAUCCCAGAAGAUAUAUCUCCAUUAUUAAAGAGGAAGGACUCGAGAUAUCACAACCAGCACUUGAUCCUAAUGUCUCAGAAGUUCAUCAUCUUAUGACAGCCAGACUCCAGGGAACAACAGUACACAGGAGAGUUAACAAGAAGAUUGGAAGGUCAAGAUGUGAUCAAAAUGCCACAGGUUAUCCAUGUUCAGGGUUUGUAGAAAUGAUGGCUCCUGUUUUCUCAAAAGCAUCCUGGCAAUGCGUCUGGCACAUGAUUCAGAAUGACUUGGUUCAUGGAUGGGGUGUGGAUUUUCAGCUUGGUUACUGUGCACAGGGUGAUCCAAAUAAAAACAUUGGGGUUGUUGAUUCUGAGUACAUAAUUCAUUACGGUCUUCCUACACUCGGAGGUUCUGCAUCAGAUAAGGCACAACCAUUGUCCAAGCAACCUAAAGACAGACAAACGGUCAAAAACUGGUCACUCGUUGAGCUAGAGGUAUUCAAGAACAGAUGGAGAAGAGCGGUUAGCAAGGAUAAUUGUUGGACUGACCAAUAUCAACAAUCGCCUAAUCAAAAGAAAAGCUAGUUGCUUUGUAAGAGAAAGGACAAAAUACACCAAAUUAAGCUACAUUAAUUCAAAUUCCUUGCAAUGUAUAUAGCUUCAAAUUACACUGUACUGAUUCUUUUAAACAAUAGUUCUUAUGUAACAAUAAUUCAGGCUAAAUCAUUAAAUAAACCUCAAAUUUUGCGGAAUUGUACCCUAAA